AUGACGCCCCUGGAAACGAUAACACGCUUUGAUGACAACUCUUCUAGUGGAUUUAUAACCGGUAUUGCUGUUGUGUUUAUAUCAGGUGAAAUGGCCGGAAUCGGAAUGCUCGCCGCUCCAUGGGCAGUGGUUAACUUAGGAUGGAUGGGAUUUGUUUUGUUGGUUGCAUUUGGUAUUGCWACUGCCUACAGUGCGUCUUGUCUUGGGACUUGUUGGUUGAUACUCGAGGAGAGAUACCAUCAAUAUAGAGUUUACCCAAUACCUGACCCAUAUCCUACGAUUGCUCUGCAUGCUGUCGGCAGACGGACUAGUGUGAUUUCUAGUUACCUGACGAAAGCGUGUAUUCAUGCAACCCUAUUCGGCUCCGCAACAGUUUAUUUAAUGCUGAUAGCCCAAUCAGCUCAAAAAUUGUUUACAGGGUCACAUCCUGAAAUCGAAUUUUCUACGUGGCUGUUUGUAUUUUCGGUUUCCUUAAGUUCACUUAUGUUCUUGGAAUCGCCRAAAGAUUAUUGUGAUAUCUGGGCUUUUUUAAAAAUGAACAAUCAGCAAGGACUUGCAUAA